UGGUUCAUUCUGUGGGAGGCGGGCUGUCCUAUGGCUGCGGUCAACAUCUGGAACAGGUUACUCACGCUGUUGCUUACCUUGGAGAGUAUACCGGAAUACAACUGCAAUUUAAAAAUGUCUUUCGUAAAAGUAGACGAAAAGUCCGACUUCUCCUAUCACAAUCUACCAUAUGGCGUGUUCUCGACACCGGAUAAUUCCAAGCACCGGAUUGGGGUCGCUAUUGGAGAUCAGAUUUUGGACCUGAGCGUUAUAAAGUCACUCUUCAGAGGUCCUGUGCUCUCCACUCACCAGGAUGUGUUUGACCAGCCGACCCUGAAUGCGUUCAUGGGUCUGGGGUACGAGGCAUGGAGGGAGGCCAGGAGGAGUCUACAGCAGCUGCUGUCUGCCAACGAGACCACACUCAGAGACGACGUCAGCCUCAGGAGCAGAGCAUUUUUCCAUCAGAGUUCAGCCAUGAUGCAUCUGCCUGCUGAGAUAGGUGACUACACUGACUUCUACUCAUCCAGGGACCAUGCCACCAACGUUGGCAUUAUGUUCCGAGGGAAGGAGAAUGCCCUGAUGCCCAACUGGUUGAGGCUGCCCGUGGGGUAUCAUGGCAGGGCUUCUUCCAUAGUGGUGUCUGGGACCCCCAUACGCAGACCCUCUGGACAGAUGAGACCCGACCAAUCUAAGCCUCCUGUGUUUGGCCAGUCUAAGCAGCUGGACAUUGAGCUGGAGAUGGCAUUCUUUGUAGGUGGAGGUAAUCGUCUUGGUGAGCCCAUUCCCAUAGAGAAAGCCCACCAACACAUCUUUGGCAUGGUGCUGAUGAACGACUGGAGUGCCAGGGAUAUCCAGGCGUGGGAGUACGUUCCUCUGGGUCCGUUUCUGGGGAAGAACUUUGGGACAACCAUCUCACCCUGGGUGGUUCCUAUGGAGGCCCUACUGCCCUUCGCUGAGCCCAACACUGUCCAGGAUCCAAAGCCCCUCCCUUAUCUACACCAUGACGAUGCCUUCACCUUCAACAUUAAUCUGUUUGUGUCAGUGAAAGGAGAGGCAAUGAAGGAAGCAGCCACUAUAUGCAAGUCCAACUUCAAGGUAAGUAAUUGGUAAAGUUGACUUGUCUAAACAUUGGAUAGCUUACUACAGUUGCAUCAAUGUGCAGAGUUGUGGACUCGAAUCACAUGACUUGGACUCGAGUCUGACUUGGGUCACAAAUUUGAUGACUUGAGACUCAACUUAUAUAACUUGAGGCUUGACUUUGACUUGGAGCCUAAAGACUUGGGACUCAACUUUUACUUGAGACUAAUGACUUGAAAUGAUCUUGUUCUCUUUGUCACUCAUUUUGUGGCACAGAGUCUCAGUGCAUUGCUUUCCACUAUCCAGAGACAGUAGCCGCAGCAUCGCACAUUGCAAAAAAAAAAAGUGAUAGUGAAACGCACACUUGGCCCUCUGAUUGGACCAGCAAACUGUCAAUUAAUACAGGUCAGGUGAGCUAGCGCAGUGGUUCUCAAAGUGUAGAAGGAUUUGGGGGGUCGUGAGCAAAAUAAAAUGCAUUAUUAUUCCCAUACCAUUAUUACAGAGAAUCAGACAAAUUAUGCUACC